AUCAGAAGAAAUUCUCUUUCGAUUGAAGGAAGUCAGCCCAAGCAAAUCAACGGAAAGUUUAUUAAUUUUGGAAAAAAAAAGAAAAAAAAAAUUCAAUUAUUUUUUUUCGCGAUCUUAUCACAGAUUUAAUCAGCAUAAAAAAUCAAAGCUCAUCAAAAAAAUUAACAACAAAAUAAAAAUUGGAAAAAAGUUGAUUUUUUUUUUUUUUGAAAAACAAAAAGAUUUCGGUAGAGGAGAGAAUUAAGUAGAAAAUUUCAAUUUCUCUCUUCCUCUUACUGUGUCUCGUCUGUGUGGUGAAUCUGAAUACAUAUACAAAAAAAUCAUUUUUUUAAUUAAAAUAAAUAAACUAUUUUUUGCAAAAAAAAGUUUAAUUAAACUUUAUUUACCGGUUUGAGAAAAAGAAAAAAUAAUACAAAAAGAAAACGCAAUUUUCAAAAACAAAGAAAAAAACCAGAAACUAGACUUGUUUCACAAAAAAAAACUUACCAAGUGGUGGAAUUUGAAAAUUCUUAUUGGUUAGAGAAGAGAAGAGUGAACGAGAGAGACAGUCUUCUUGUAUACCUCCUCUUGUCUGUAUUAUUUAAUUUUUUUACCCCUCUGUGGUGUUUUGUCUGCACUCAAAUUGAAUUGAAGGCAAAAAUUGGAACAAGGGAAUAAAAAACAAAUAUUUUUUUUUGUUUUGUAGUCGAUAUCAAAAUAAAAACAAGGACGAAGGACACAAUUCCUGAAAGUGGCUACGUCAUAGAACUAACGCAUCGGGUUCAUUAACAGAAUCCGAAAUUUAAAAAAAAAAAUUGAUUUUAAGGUACGGAGAAGAAGAAGCCAGAAAGUAUUGAUAAAAACAACACUAAUAUCAAAGAUCUACACAUCUAGAAUCUUCUCCUCCGCCUUAAGGAACAAACCAAUCAGAAAAUCACAUAAUCUUCAACUGAAAUUGUAUUGAAAAAGAAUACUCAUCUUUAGCAUCACAAUGGAGUGCGAAGCUAUUGCAGCCAAUAACGAAGUCGAGUCACGUGAAAGCUCUGCCGAACGUGAACUCAACGGAACUAAUGGAGUCGCCGAUGAGUCUGGUCAAUCUUCAUCGGUUAAUGGAAUCAAAAAACCUCUACCAGUUGAUAACCACGAGAAUCGCAUCAAACGAAAAGCCAAACGACUGAUUAAACAAAAUAGCCGAGAAGGUGCGAUUACUACGAAUGGUGUAGCUGGUUAUGUGGUACCUCAGCGUCGUUGGAAAAAUAGCCGAAGAUCACGCAAUGGUCAUGGUCGGGGAUUGCCAAAGAAAGGCGGUGCCGGUGGCAAGGGGGUCUGGGGUCUCUUGGGGUCUGAAAUAUUGGAAGAAGUGUGCGAGGAUCAAAAUGAUCCCAACUAUGACAGCGAAAUCAAUGACAAGAACAUCGAGCUACGAGAAGUGAUACCUGAUAUUUCGCCAGAAGAAUUUUUCAAAAUGGCGGAACCUGUUGUUCUGGAGUACUAUGAACAUGGUGAUACCCACGAAGUGGCUGUGAGCUUUGAUGAGAUACUGACUGGACAGUUAAGGCCAUAUGUGACAAGUGUCCUGGUGCAGAUUUCCAUGGAUCAUAAGGACUCACAGAGAGAGAUGACAUCUGUGUUGAUUUCGGACUUGUAUGGGCGUGUUAUUACAGGCAAGGAUAUUGAGAAGGGUUUUGAUAUUCUUCAAGAGAAUUUACCCGACUUGAUUUUGGAUACGCCUGAGGCGCCACAUAUUUUAGCAAACUAUAUGGCUCGUGCAGUAGCUGAUGACUGCAUCCCACCAAAGUACAUAACUAAACCUGUUGACUUUGAUUCAAUGAAUGAGCAUGCAGUGGCUGCUGUUAAGCAAGCCGAUACUCUAUUACAUAUGAAACAAGGUUUGGCACAUUUGGACAAUGUCUGGGGUAUGGGUGGACCGUUACGACCGGUUAAAUUCAUUACCAGAGAAAUGACAUUGUUAUUAAAGGAGUAUUUAUCGUCUCGUGAUAUUCAGGAGGCGCAUCGCUGUUUAAGAGCGCUUGAAGUUCCUCAUUUCCAUCAUGAAUUGGUCUAUGAGGCUAUUGUCAUGGCAUUGGAAUCUUUAAGCGUUAGCACUGAAGAAGCAAUGUGCGAGUUGUUGAAAUCUUUAGAUCAAGCAUGUUUGGUCUUGCCAGCAACUAUGGAACAGGGCUUCCAGCGAGUCUAUGAUGACAUGGCUGACAUUGUAUUGGACGUUCCGUUGGCGUACAUAAUAUUGGAUCGUUUUGUGGAGCGUUGCAGCAAUGCCGGUUUUCUUACUGAUAAAAUUAUUAUUAAUAUGCCCUCUAGAGGGCGUAAACGUUUUGUCUCCGAAGGAGAUGGUGGCCAUAUCAAACCACAAACAAUUCCAAUUCGUGACUAAAACUGCAUUGAAAUGGAUGAUUGAUCUCGUUUUCUUUGAUUUUUGUUUGUUUUAAUGAAAAGAGAAUUCUAUAAUUAUUAUUAACCUCCCCCAUUGAAAAACCACCAACUAUAAAGUAAAGAUGAAAAAAUAAAAACAAAAAUAAUAAUAAUAUUCCUAUACACACCGUAAAGCAAAGCAGAAAAACCUAGAUGGUACUUAUUCAGUAUCGAGACAAAAGAUAUACAUAAAUAAUAUAUUUAUAUAAGAAUUCAUUGAUUGGUAAUUAAUUUAAAAAAAAAUAUGAACAACAAUAAUAAUAACUAAUUAACUUUUACAAAAUUAAAAAACAAUACAAAAAUAAAA